CUUCUUUCCCCAAAAUACCCCUCCCUUAAACCCUCCGCCUCCGCCAUUCUGCCGCCGCCGCGGCCGCCGUCUCCUCCGCCGCCGCCAUGCGCCGCUUCCUCCAAGCCCUCCGCCCGCUCCAAACCCUAUCCCUCACCCCCGUGCCCGCCAUCCCCGCCCCGCUCCGCCUCCUCUCCUCCAGCUCCUCGGCGGCCGCGUCCUCGGACUCCGACUCCGCCCCGGCCACUGCCCCCGCGGCCGACGCCGACUUCGACAGCGCCGAGUACGACCUCCCGACCCCGGGCCCCGCGCCCUCGCGGAAGAUCAACAACCCCGUCUCCGCGCUGCGGAAGCUCCGGUUCGACCCCGCCCUCCGCGCGCGCGCCGACGAGGCGCUCUUCGGGGAGGUGCGGGGCGGGGCGGCUGUGGAGGACGAGGAAGAGGAGCGGUCGCGGGACGUGGCGCUCGCGCUGCUCGAUGCCGCGAUGGAGCCGCCCGACGAGGAGGACGAGGACCCCGGGGAGGUCAGGGAGGAGGACCAGAUGUCGCUCUCCGUCGGCAUCGUCGGCGCGCCCAACGCCGGCAAGUCCUCGCUCACCAACAUCAUGGUUGGGACAAAAGUGGCUGCAGUCUCCCGCAAGACAAAUACUACGACCCAUGAAAUUUUGGGGGUGCUGACAAAAGGGAACACGCAGAUAUGUUUUUUUGACACCCCAGGGCUCAUGUUAGGGCACCAUGGAUUUCCUUAUAGGGAUGUUACGGUUCGUGUGGAGAGUGCCUGGAGCUCAAUUAACCUCUAUGAUUUAUUAAUAGUCAUGUUUGAUGUCAAUAGGCAUCUUAAUAUGCCUGAUUCACGUGUUAUAAAGUUAAUCAAACGCUUGGGUACGGAGGUAAACCCAAACCAGAGGCGUAUAUUAUGCAUGAACAAGGUUGACCUGGUGGAAGACAAAAAGGACCUCCUUAAAGUUGCAAAGGAAUUUGAAGAUCUUCCUGGAUAUGAAAGGUACUUCAUGGUGUCUGGACUAAAAGGCAAGGGAGUGAAAGACCUUGUGCAGUAUUUGAUGGAACAGGCUGUAAGAAGACCUUGGGAUGAAGAACCAACUGUAAUGACUGAAGAAGUAAUGAAAACCAUAUCUUUGGAGGUUGUGCGGGAGAAGAUGCUGCAUCACAUCCACCAAGAAAUUCCCUAUGUAAUUGAGCAUCGUUUGAUGGACUGGAAGGAGCUAAAAGAUGGUUCCCUUAGAGUGGAGCAGCACUUCAUUACACCAAAACAAAGCCAACGUCAGAUUCUUGUUGGGAAAAAUGGCUCAAAAAUUGGGAGAAUUGGUAUUGAAGCCAAUGAAGAAUUGAGGUCCAUAUUCAAGAGAAAUGUCCAUCUAAUUCUCCAAGUUAGAGUUGCGAAAAGGAGGAGAGCUUGAACAGAAUAAUUUGUCCAGCUCCUUUGGCUCUGAUCUCCUGAAGACUUGAGUAAUUUGUCUAAAGGAAUAAUGUAUGAUUUUGUGCAGUUCUAGCACCUGUAUAGACCGCUGCCGACCUGAGAACUGCAGUGCAAAUGUGCAAUGCUGGCUUGAGUGCAUUAGCCAGAAAUUUGAUUAGUCAGCUGGAGCUUGGAUAAACCAGGUCUGUUGACUAUGCCGGUAGAACUUCUGCUCCUAUGAGGGCACCAAAAUAUGCCCUAACAUGCAGAUUAUGAGCUAUGAUUAUGAGUUUAUGAUGAUGAUGAUCUAGCUCAGCAACAUUUUGGAUGAUCUGGUGGAGACAGGCAUAUGGCCUGCAAAGUGGGCAAGUGGCAGAGCACGCAGCAAAUGUUGUGUUUGUGAUAUAGAUACGUCUGUACCAGACUACUGAUUCAUUUUAGUUUGUUUCAAAGUUCAAAGAGCUGCGCCCUAAUUCUGUAUCUCGAUUGUUGCUUGACACACUAGUGUAAUAAUCUGAUGACCUUGCUGGUCGUCUGCAGAACAUUAUCAAAGACAGUCUGCUAGUUAUACGCAGCCCAUCAUUUUUGUAACAGUCAAGGGAUUUCAGUUUGUCUUGACAACAGCGUUACUUUGAUUUAUCUUUACCGCCA